GAUAUAUUGUCCAAAAUCAAACCGGACUACACUGGGUAAGGACGUUCAUCCCACACACUUGACCAAUUCUAAACCCUUUUAUGGAUGAAGAAAAAUAAACUUGUACAGAUUGAAUGUGAGCAAUGAAGCUGCUACGUCCGGCAUGGCUGCUGAAGACGCGGCGGCGGCGCGAUCGCGGCGUCAGCACGUGGUCACCUCUCGCCACUGCCUUCAAUACACGCCCCAACUCACGGCCUAUGUUUGAGAAUUUGAGAGAGAGAACUGGUCUCUUUAACAAACCGGAACUGACAAGCUUCGAGGGCUUCCACGCGCUCAAGGAGCAAGCAGUAACAGCCACAGACAAUCUCAUAGAAGAAGCCACAUCUAACCCUAGCCGCCCCAUGGUCGAGAUAUUUGACGAAUUGUCAGACACACUGUGCAAGGUGGCAGAUUUGGCAGAGUUCGUGCGACUGGCGCACCCGCAGCCCCACUUCGCCGCCGCGGCGGAAGAUGCGUGUAUCAGUGUUAGUGGUGUUGUUGAAAAAUUGAACACACACAAAGGUCUCUACGAAGCGUUACGCAACUCGGUGAAGACAGGCACAUCUGGUGAUCGUCAUUUAGCAGAAUUAUUCCUCUUCGAUUUCGAACAGAGCGGUAUACAACUCGCAGAUGGCCCCAGAAAACGAGUGGUGGCAUUGAAUGAUCUGAUAUUACAAACUGGACAGAGAUUUAUGGCUGGUGCUGCCAAGCCUCGGAAAGUUCCCAGGGGAGUUGUGCCCCAAAAUAUUAGACAAUUCUUUACUAGCGAAGGUGAUAGCAUAAUAGUGAGCGGCGUCUACGCAGAGUGCGCCGAGGCAGCCGCUAGGGAGGCCGCAUAUAAACUUUAUCUCGCCCCCGACAAGCAUCAGGACCAAUUGCUCACCACCAUAUUAGAUGCCAGACAUGAGAUGGCCAGUAUCUGUGGAUUUCAGUGCUAUGCGGAUAGAGCAAUAAAAGCAAGCACAAUGGAGACAGCGGCCAAUGUUCGCAAAUUCAUAGAUAUACUCUCAGAUAAUCUUUACGACCGCGCCAAGAUGGACUUCGAAGCCAUGCUUCAAAUGAAAAGACGAGAAACACCAUACCAGGAUAGCUUACAGUGCUGGGAUACGCCUUUCUUCACGCAUAAGGCUAAAACGCAACUUUUGAAUGUUGCAAACAGCGACUUUAGUCCCUAUUUUUCGCUCGGAGGCUGCAUGGAAGGGUUGAACAUGCUCUGUCAAGAGUUGUACGGCAUUAGUUUGGUGUCUGAAGAAAUGUUGCCAGGCGAAUCAUGGUCUCCGGACGUGUACAAGCUCGCUGUGGUCCACGAGAGCGAGGGCCUCCUGGGGCACAUAUACUGCGAUCUUUACGAGCGACCCGGCAAGCCCCACCAAGACUGCCACUUCACAAUACAAGGAGGCAAGCUAUUGCCUGAUGGCACUUACCAGAACCCAAUAGUGGUAGUGAUGUUGUCCCUGAGCGGGGGCCACAGGUCGGGGCCGGCGCUUCUCUCGGCCGGGGCCGUAGACAACUUGUUCCACGAGGUGGGCCACGCGCUGCAUUCUAUGGUGGGCCGGGCAAGACACCAACACGUGUCAGGGACUCGUGCUCCUACCGAUUUGGCUGAAGUGCCUUCUGUGCUCAUGGAGUACUUUGCUAGUAGUCCACAGGUGGUACGUCGAUUCGCGAAGCACUUCCAAACUCAGGAGCCGAUGCCUGAAGAUAUGCUUCACAGGCUUUGCGCUUCCAAAUACAUGUUCGGUGCUAGCGAGAUGCAGUUACAGGUCUUCUAUUCAGCUCUAGACCAGAACUACCACGGGCCUAACGCGUCGUUCGGCGGUCGCACCACAGAAGUAUUAAAAGAAGUACAGAAGCAGUACUAUGGACUUCCCUACGUUGACAACACGGCAUGGCAACACCGCUUCAGCCACCUAAUCGGCUACGGUGCCAAGUAUUACUCGUACCUAAUCUCUCGAGCCGUCGCGUGGAGCAUUUGGAAGAAGUUCUUCGAGGCUGACCCGCUCAACCGCAGCGCGGGAGAGGCUUUGAGGCAAGGCGUUUUGAGGCACGGAGGGGCGGUGCCGCCACAGAAACUCCUUCGAGAAUACCUAGGCACUGAAAUUACACCUAACACGUUAGCGCUGGCGCUGGCUGAAGAAUUGGACUACCACAAGGAACAUCUCAAUACCAUAUUCAAAGUCUGAUCAGUGAAACAAUUACAAUAACAAUUGGCAUAGAGAAAGUGCAGUUGACUCUGUUUAUACAAGAUGAGGUAAAGAAAUGACAGAAAUUAUGAUGAGGUUCGUGUGAAGAAGGUUGCUCAGAUUGCGCUUCGGUUAUAUGUAGCGCGUAACUCAUUCAGUAUUUUUUUUAAAUAUCACUCUUCUAAAGGCUUGGUGGCGAGUUGUUAAUAAAAAACGCCAUGUUACACGAAUUUUGUUUCUGGGUUAUUCUUAUUGGUUCUAACAUAAAAACGUGAAAACACUUUAUUUCCCUGCGAAAGCUUUUGUGAUUAGCAUAACGAAGUGCUGAAAUUUCCGUACCAGUAGGUACGUAACGUAACGUAAACAUUUUUAGGUUUCUGUUUGUUUAAAGACAAAUAGGGAACAUAGUAUUUCAAUAAAAAAUCUACAAAUAGAUGACGAAGAACUUGCAAAUAUGUAAAUUUGCGAGAUUAUGUAAAUACCACUAUGUAGCUAUAUAAAUAUGCAGCUGUGUAAAUACCAUUGUGACAGGUAUAACUACUCUUUAGCAUACUCGCUGCUCAAUUAUUUAAAAACCAAUACAGUCAAAUCAGAAACAGAACAUAUUGAAAAUUUGCUACAUGGUGAAAUACCGACUUUUCACUAUGUAGCAAAUUUUCAAAAAGGUUCUUUUCUGUUAUAUUUUAACCUACUUCAAAAAGGAGAAGGUUCUGAUUUCGACAUUUUUGUGUGUAUGUUA